UGAAUACCGGAUAUUGAAAGCGAAACUCUCCAUUUUCAACUUGUAGGUCGUUGUGGGUGUUCAUUCUUGUCGGUUGCCUCUUGUGAUAAUCGAUCCUAGGGGCCAUAAUAUUUUAUCACUCGUCCAAACAACGUUUAUUCAGAACAAAAACUCACAAAAAAUCGAAGGCAUCAAGAAAAUGUUGACAUCAGCUUUGGCCUGUCAGUCAUUGCCACACUACUCUGAUUUUGAUACAACUUCAGAGAGUGGUCUUUCUGAUUUAUCAUACGUUCUUCCUUAUCGUCCGAAAAAAUCCUUAACCAGGAAUAAACCUGUGAAAGCUAGUCCUGGUGAAAUAAGGCUUGGAGCAAGGGCAAUGAGAAGAUACGAAAAUGAAGUUUAUUUAAAUACAUUAGCUGUGAUUACUGAAACCGAUGGAGACAAUAUUGAUGAUUGUUGGCCUGAAAGUUUUAAUUAUUGUUCAACGUUUACUAAAUUACUAGAAGAUGAGAAUAUUCGAGCUGCUUGGGAUGCAUUUAUUCAGUUAUCUGAAAAAGAACAAGAGAAGCUUCUUGGUACACUUCGUGUAAAAAACAAAAUAAAUGAUGAUGAGAUGGCAGAUAGUGAUGAUUAUGAUAUUGAAGAUGAUAUAUCAUCAUAUUCUUCUGCUAUUUACCAUACCCCGUCUUUAUCUCAUACAAAACGUCAUGUGAAACAUCGAUGUAGACGAUCUAAGCGUGAAGAGAGGAAGAAACGAUUUGAUGAUGUGAAUUCACUUCUACAAUCUAAUCUUAAUAUGUGUGUAUCUGUUCAACCAGAAGAUAAUAACAAUGUAACCAAAGAUAAUUUGCAUGAUUUAGAAAUAGAACGGCGUAUUCCUACUCGUGUAUUAUCGCUUGUAUCAGACUCUAUUCCUACAAACACGAUGACGAUGAACAAUUUAAAACACAAUCGAAAACGUUGUAAACGUCCACUUACUCCGACUGAUAUUUGUUUAAUGCAACGAGUUGAAGUUGAGUUGAGACAGCAUUUUUUCUCUCAAAUUAAUUCAAAUAGUAUUGUUGGUCGUUGGACACCAUCAUUAUCAUUGUUGUCACAAUCAAUGUCACCUUCAAUGACUAACAACUGUACGAAUAAUAAUAAGAAUUAUUAUUCACAUCCAGAUCUAUUGUGCUUGGAUCCAUUUCAAAGAUUAUUGGUUCAUUCAGUUGCUAGCUAUUUAGGGUUGAAUUCAUAUAGUACAUGGUCUAAUUCACUGGGUGAACGUCAAUUAUGGGUGGAACAAAUUUUAGGUAAAUAUAGUCAACCACCAAAGCAACACUUUGUGACGUUAAUUGAACAAAAAAUCAAACAAUCAUCAAAAUCAUUGUCAUUGAGUACAUGAUAGUGAUCGCUGGUGUGUGUGUGUGUAAAAGAUAGUUUACUUCCCUACCAUUUUUAAUUGUUGCGCUGUUUUCCCCUUUUCAUCUAACUAUUCCGUUAUAAAUCACGUUUAUAAUAAUAAUAAUAAUAAUAAUAAUAAUAAUAAUAAUAAUAAUAAUAAUAAUAAUAAUAAUAAUAAUAAUAAUAAUAAUAACAAUAGUAAUAGUAGUAAUGAUAAUAAAUGUGGCUGUAUUUGUUUGGCUUUUCAAGAAAAAAAGUAGUGUUCUAAUCAGUCAUGUUCUUUCUUACUCGAAUAAAAGAGCGCACGCCCAAUGUUGUUGAUCAAAUAUUGAAGAGCCACAUUCUUUACUAAUGGAUUCAUGUUAUUGAUUUUUUCCGUACUUCUCACCUAUUUCUCUAGUUUAUUCUUUAAAUUACUGGUGUAAAAGGGUCUGUGGAGAUUGUCGAAUUUUGAAGUAUACAUCACGAACUGAUCCCGGCUGGGUAAUCAUUUUAAACUAGAAAGUGCUGGAUAAUUGUUUCGUUAUUGUUUUGGGAUUCUUCAACAGUGAAGGCAGUUACCCACCAAUCGAAUUAGAAAAUGGUCACACGAUAUCGCGGAUUGAUUGAAGCGCAUUCUUUAGUACCGAAAUUUAAUGGAUUAUAAAUGAAGCAAAGAUAAUCAAAAUGCUAUCCAGGUUAAUGAAUUAAUUAUGUUAAAAGUUGAUAACGUAAUAUAGUGAAUUAAAUUUUAAAAAUUUAAAUAAUACCAUUAAGAUGGAUGAUAGUUAGAGGUGGGACCUAGGG